AUGUCAACGAACAAGAAAAUAUUUUACGGUUUAUUUGGAACAGCAUUAGUCGCUGGUGGAGUAACGAGUGCUUUAUGGGUUACAGGAACGUGGCCAUUUAAUGGUGGUAGUAAGUUAACGAUGAAGAGUACUAAGAUUGAUCAGUUGGAUCUUAAAGAAGCGUUUUCAGUGUAUACUGCGUCAGGAAAAUCUAAUUUGCAUCUUACAAUUGAGGAAUUUAGACUUUCUGUAUUCGUCUUGAAUUUGUUUGCAAGUCUUGAUAAGAAUAAACUUCUUGGUGGCCUUGAUAAAUGUUUUAAGGAAGGUUCUUCUGAAGAACUUACCAAAGCGCAGACCUCUAGUUUCGAAAAAAAGAUUGACAAUGUUGUUCAACAAGGUGAAAAAAUCAUUAAGGAAUUAUUUAAGGAAACUGACAAGGUAAAAAGGGAAGAUUAUAUUAAAAAGUCUGAUUAUUUUUACAAGUUUAAAUUUGAUAAAGUUGGUGAAAAACAAACAUUGGUUGUCGAUGAUAGUCAAAAGAAGAGGUGUGGUGAUGUUGCGCUUUGGUAUAGCUACUUGAAAGAUACAUUUAGUUCAAGAACCGACAAAGAUUUACUUGAUGCAGCUAUGAAAGAGGAAUAUGAAGAUAAUCAGAAAAAAAAGUAUUCUUUUAUUAUAAUAGCUUUUGCAAUUUAUUCUGAAUUGGUAGAUCUUCCUCUCGAUUCUUCUGAUUUAAAUUAA